AUGGCUUCACUUGCGACGUGGCUUAUGACGGACACCUCACCUCGUUUCCCCCCGGAACUACUCGACCUCUUCAUCGACACCCUUGGAGAAAGACCCAUUACAGAAUCCCAACGUUCAGCAUUAACCACAUGCGGCCUUGUCUCGCGCUCCUUUGCACACCGCUCUCGACGGCACACGUUCUACCGGGGAAUCAAUCUCCUUGACGUCGCAUUCAACACGUCCUGGAAGGAGCUCGGACUUGGCUUACGACACGCCUUGACUGACCUCUUUCGGUCAUCGCGUCUGGCGACUCUCCACAUUACAAUUACGACGGACCUACCAAGGAUACUCCUCAUCGGGAGCCAUAUUAAGCAUCUUUUGCUUCACUGGUGCCUCGUUGAUGACGCCCCGGUCCCGUUGCAUUACUCCUCCCGGUAUCCGGCAGUUCGCAAUAACUACCCCCAGCUUGAGACUCUGGAUCUCGAGCCAUGUUUGAGAAGUACAGCUCUUCUCGGGAAUGAAAAUACAGGCAGGGAAGGGGCGGAAGGAUCAGCCUUGCCCGCAUUGCGGGUGUUCAAGUGCUGCCUCCGAGGUUUUGCGGAUUUCGACAGCGUGGUCUCCAUCCUUCCACGUGUGGAGAAUACGGUAGAAUAUCUGAAGGUGCAUUACGGGGAUUCAGCUCUCUGGCUCGACCGAUCGACCUCAUUCAAUUUCACCAAGAUGAAGAAAUUGCAUCAUCUAGCCAUCCAUCUCGACAUGACGCCGAAUCUACCUCUCCUCUUCCCAAACGCGACCAACUCCGACUUCUUUCCCAUUCCGAGGGUACCUCCAAGUCUGUCGCGUUUAGACGUAGUCUUAAGGGCCCUGUCCAGGGCUUCUCCCGAAAACGUCUCAAAGGCCUUCUUCAACUCGUUCACAGAGCCGUCCGAGAUGGAGAGGUGGUCAAGGUUGAAUAGGGCGCUUUCGAGUUCGGAGUUCGCUGGGGUGAAGGAGGUGGUGUUGACGCUGCAGUUCAGUUCCUCGAUGGUCCACGUCUUUCUUGACGAGAAAGCGCGGUUCGUUCGGCGAGCGGACGCGUCACUCAGGGCGGUCCUUUCUCACUUUAAGGAACCCAAGACGUCGAAGAGUUUAUCUAUUCAGGUUCAAUUUUAG